ACUUUUCAUUAUAAUCGUACCUUAAUCAUGGCUAGUACUGCAAAAGAAAUUUUUGACGCUGCUGCGGAUGUAUUUGCCGUUUAUAUGCCAAUAAUUGGCGCAGUGAAAACUCUCAAUCAAAUUGACGAAAAACUUGAUGGAAUAGCUCAAGGCAUAGACGUUAUGAAAUCUGAAAUGACUAAAAAAGGUGAUUUCUUUGCAGAAAAGAUCGAUUCAAGUGAAUUAGGUGACCUCGAGACUCCAGUACAUAGAGGAAAAGUCUUUAAAAGAAUUUAUAAAUCCAUAAUAGAAGUUGCUUCAUGGUGCCAUCAACCAGAAUUACGAAUAACUAUUCCUGCACUAAGGCCGAAACUUGAAGCAUUAGCAAAAAAAUACCCAAUUUCUUUUGGUACUCCACAACUUUUUGAUAAUAAAGCUUUAGAUCUUGAUGGACAAAAGACUGAACCUUUGCCAGUAUUUGAAGAGAAUAUUGAGAUUGAGGAUGAAGUUCCCGAAGAAGUUGCCGUUGUACCUUUUGCAACUAAAUACUAG